AAAAUGGUGAAGGGCCUGGAAACCAUGCCUUAUGAGGAGAGACUUCGGGAGCUGGCAGGGCAUGGAACAAUGAAGGACACAAAAGGGAAGACUCUACAGGAGGAGGAGGACUUUGAGCCCCAAGUUGAAUUGCAUUUCACCAUCUUGGAAGAAUCAGAAGGAGGCAUUUCUCAGGGGAAACUUUGGCACUGUGAGAUCAAUGCAGAACUACAGCCUGAGAGCUCAUCUCAGCCAGAGCUUGACGAUGACUCAAUUUACUCUGACCUUUCACAGUCUCCUUCCCCUGAACUACAAGAUGUCAUCCCAGAACCUGACGACGAGGAGGGAGAUGGAAGGAGAAAUGUGGAGCCAUACCCCCCGCAAAGUUCAGGGCAACAGGUUGAGCUGCACUUCACCAUACUGGAGGAGUCAGAAGGCGGGAUUUCUGAGGGCAAGCUCUGUGCAAGUGACACCAGGUUGGAUGAGCCCCUGGAGAUAGGCUGCCAAGCACACCAGUGGGGUGAGCCUGUUCACUGGAGUGAAAACCUCAGCCAGCCAUCAGAGAUACAGAAAGAUUCUCCCCCAGAAGAGAACAGGCUGCAUGGAGAUUUGAAAGGGGACGCCCUCCAACAAGAAAUUUCUGAUCAGCAGAUGGAGCUCCAUUUUACCAUUUUCAAUGAUCCCGAUGAAGUGAGUUUUUCCCAAGAGCCAGAGGACUACCCUAUCUGGGAAAGCCCCUUCAAACCAGCAGGGUAUCAGGGAGACUAUCCAAAAGAGGAUUGCGACACUUCCAUUGACAGUUUGGGAGAUGUCUUUGAAGCAGCAUUCCAGCAGCAGUUCUACUCAGGAGGACGGAUAUACCCCUGUGCAGAGUGUGGUCGAGUUUUCAACAGGAAGUCAACCCUGACUCGACACUGGCGGACCCACACUGGGGAGAAGCCCUACUCGUGCAUGGACUGUGGACGGAGCUUCAGCCUCAACCUGAACCUUCUCACCCACCAGAUGACCCACACAGGGGAGAAGCCCUACAAGUGCCCUGACUGUGGACAGAGCUUCACCCGCAGCACAAGUGUCACCAGGCAUCAGAGAAGCCACCAAGAGGAAAGCCCCAAUACAAAUGACCCAUGGGAGGAGAGCUUCCCUUACCCCUACCCAGUCCCCUUUCCUUACCCCAUUCCUUCAUUGGAGGAGAGAUCCUACGUGUGCCCCGAUUGCGGAGAGGCCUUUACUCAUAGUGGGAGCCUCAACAGGCACCUGCGGAUGCACCGGGGGGAAAGGCCUUACAAGUGUGUUGUGUGUGGGGAGGGCUUCUGUUCCAUGUCAAAACUGUACAGGCACGAGCGAAUCCACAUGGUGGACAAACCCUUCCACUGCGAAAUCUGCGGGAAAAGCUUUGCUGUCAAGUCAACACUGACAAGGCACCAGAUGCUCCACCAAGCAGAGCGCCCCUAUAUGUGUUCUCACUGCGAGAAGGGUUACGUUCAAAGGAGCCACCUGGCCAGGCACCACUACAAAGCUCACCCUGAGGUGCCCUUUAAUCCUGUCAAAGCAAAAAGUAUGCCUGCCACCAUCCUGGAUUCCGACAACUUAGUCACCUAUUUCUGGGGGGAUGAGGAGACAGACACUAUCUCUGAGCCUGUUCCCACUCAAUUGAUCUAUUCAGGAGCAGACUGUUGAAAUGGCAGGGGACUAAACCUAGCCUGGACCUACAUGUGCCACCCCUUCCCCUCUGGAAAGAAGCACCUUGUUCUUCAGCCUCUUAUGGUCUGUCUUAAGUCUCCUAAGUGCCAGGAUGCUUCGAAACUUGGGGAUUUGACCUUCAUGUGGAAUGUUGUACAGUAGUCCACCCUUAUCUGCAGUUUUGCCUUCUGCAGUUUCAGUUACCUGUGGUCAGCCAAAGUCCAAAAAUAUAACAUAGUUUCCCCCUUAUCCGAGGUUUUGUUCUCAGUUUUAGGUAGCCUGCUCCAAAACAUGUCUGGUAUAGGGUUCAAUACUAUCUGAAGUUUCAGGCAUCCCCCAAGGGUCUUGAAACAUAUCCUUCAUAAAUAAAGGUGGACUACUGUACAGCAGAAAACAAAUCAAAACCCAAGGGUGGUUUUGUUGUGGACAGUCUUUGUGCCAAGCUUCCUUCUUUGCCUUGCUGAUUCUUACUACAGUGGUAACUUAUGCCAAAAUGCCAUUUUCAGAUCUACAGAGAGAACUCUGUUGAGCUGUGUCUGCCCUGAGAUGUCACUGGUUUCAAAAGUGCUGAAAGGCCUACUGCUGCCUAACAGCCACAUUUUGCAGUGGAAGAUCAGCCUCCUCCUUGGAAUGAACUGGUUCAUGAGAACAACUUUUCAAGCUGCUUCAUGGGACAGAGAGAGCAGAUCUUUUAUGUGCUCAUGGAUGCACAUAAAGUAGGCUGGUCUGUAGCAAAAUGUCUAGAAUAGGGAGAUGUGCAGGAACCUGGGAGUUCCUCUGGAAUUGGGGGGAGGGUUUGGUAGUAAAGAAAGGUUUUUUUUUCCUUAAAGCAAAACUCUGGAGUUUAUCACACAGGAGGAAUUUCUCUUAAUUUCGAAUGAAAAGAAAGUGGGGCCAAAACUCAUUCACAUAAAGUCGUUAGUUUAGCAAAAUUACAUGAAUGCUCAUUGCAUUCAAAUUGGCUCCCCAUUGCCCCAAAAUAGCAUGCCGUUGCCUGAAUUUUCAUGUGGAAGUCAAUCACGCAAUAACAUGAAACCCCAUAAUUGCGCUCAGACUGAUUUCCCAUUGCCCGAAUUUGUGUGUGGCGGUCUAUCACGCAAUAAUAUUAAACCCCAUGAUUGCGUUCAGAUUGCCAUUGGAUUAUACUUCCAAUUUCCCUUGUCUGAUAAACUCCUCUGCCUUGUUUUAUCACUUUUAUGUUUUUAGUGAUGGCUGAAUUCUUGGAAAAAUCCCUAGUAAAAUAUGGAAAUGGAGAAAAA